ACAAUACACACACGGUGUAGUAUAGGAAACACAAAUAUACGAAGAGAAAUGGCAGAACACCAAACAUCACACACAUUCAGAAUGUCAUCUCACCAAGCAAACACAUUUCUGGUGCAUUGUAGUAAAUUGAAAUGUAGUCAAGAAACAGUCAAUAGUUUGUUGAGAGAAUUAAAGAUAAGAGGUCUAGUUCCACAUGACAUCCUUACAAGCCUUUCUGACGAACUUCUUAAGAACAGUCUUGCGCAUGUUCCUGAAGAGGCGGCAAUAGUGUUUCACGUGUGCGACCAUUCAAAAAAGAAGAUUAGAGAAGUGGUCAAGGACCAUUUGCCGAGACGAAACUUUGCUAGGACUACCGUUAUUGGUAGAGGUGGAACAAUUGAUUUGAAAGAUUUUAAAGAAUUUACCUGCUUCCGUGUGUACAAUGAGCUUGAUGUUUAUAGAGUUGCAGAAUCUAUUGCAAAACUGUUUGGAAUAAAUAUUGAAAAUGACGAUGAUAACAAACUAAAUAACAUAAAUGACGUUGUGCCUGAACAUGCUGUUGAAACCACUACACACAGGUUCAAGGAUGUGCCAACGCGGAUAUGGACAGAUCAGAGACACCAUGAACAGCACACAAGAACAAAAUCUUUGGAGUACCGAAGACCAUCUGUAUCUGCUGGUCAAAUGAAAAGAGCUUCAGAGAUUCAAUACUCAAAUCAUGAUUGGACAGAGGACGACGAAAAUAGUACGGACGAUGAUGACACUAUACACCAAGGAGGUAUGAAUAGAUCAAGCCAUGAUGGUCAAGAACAUGCAGAAAGCAAGCCGCAGAUGAGAUGUAAACCAAAAAGAUCAUUUAAAACAGUGAAAAAGGACGAUGUCACACCUACCCUCAACAUAGACAGUUUUGUUGACCACUAUUUAAUGGACGACAAGGACGAACAUAUUGGAUCAUUCAUUAAACAAUCAUCAUCUCGCUCAUUUGUCAAAUGUGACCUGCCAAUGGAGAGAAAAUUAAGUCUUUAUAUGAAAAAUCCUAUGUUUGAGGAUUAUCAGAAGGACAUUACAACACGAAUAAUACCCAAACUUAGGAAAGAAUAUGAUAUCCGAAGUCUAUCCAGAUGGCUUAAUUUUGACAAUUAUAAAGUGAAAGAAAAAAUAUUAAGUGAAAUGGAAACGCUGUUAAUCAGUGCGCCUAUAAAUUCUUCCAGCAUUGGUGAUGUAGUGCAUAUAACAGACAACAUUCUGAUGUGCUGUUUCCGGAGAGUUGUCGAAGCUGAUGAUACCAUGUGUACAGCACUACGUGUAUUGACUUCAUGCUUAGGAAUUCUGUGGAUUUUAAAUUCAGAGACAUCCAAUACUACAUCAUAUAUUCAAGUUCAAAACAUUUCAUCGAGAGUACAUGGGGAUCUUAAUACAAUCAAACGAAAUGCCUACACAAUGGUGUCUGGUCAGAUCACCACGUUGUUAGAAUUAAUACAAUAUUUCACAGAACAUAGUUUUCAAAGGAAUUUCUUAGAUGAGAUUCUAACUGAAACAAACAAUGAAAAAGCGAUCAAAAGGUUUUCAGAAGUGGAUCAUCAAAACAAGUUCCUGUACAUAUUUGUACUUAUAAAUAUGAUGUUACAGCGGUCUUCAGAAAAAAUACCCGAGUUAUUGGUUGUGCUUCUGAAGUUGACCUUUGAUGUUAUGGUGAAGAAGCAGAAACAUAGACAAACACUGCAUCCACUACUGUAUGUUGUCAACAAAGGCAUAGUUCUAAGAUUGACAAAAGGUAAACACAUGGUUUUCGUUAUAUUCAAGUGA